CACAGUGCCCGUCGGGGGGUUCGAACUCGCAAACUGCAAGGUCAUGACCUGAGCCAAUCGGACGCUUAGCUGACCGCGCCCCCCAGGCGCCCCAGAACACUCUAUCUGACACAAGGUCCACUACGUUUUAUACACACGGAUCACCCCUCCCCAGAGCAAGAGCCCGGCAGCAGGUGGAGAGGCUCUGAGAGACUGGUGUGCGUCUUCCCCCUGGGGUCACCUAUUUCCUGACGCUCCUGGGGCUCCGGGUUCGGGUGCUGGGGACUCAGACCAGAAAGGGAGCUGCCACCAUUUUGAGGUCGCAUCUGCUGAUCCCCGAGCCACCCCUCGCCUUUCUGCAGAGCCCGGCAAGUUGUGUCCUGCCGGGAAGUCCCAGGAGACACCGACGGGGCGAAGUCUGGUUUGUGCGGGCCGGCCUCCAGCACCGCUGCUUCGGAUGUCCGUUUGCUCCGACAUCGACCGUCCCCUGGGCCAGAGGGGGGUGACCUCGUCUGCGCUGGGGUCAGGAGUCCGCCGUGCCAGCUUCGUGACCGAUCACGACGCCAGCUCAGAGUCUCGACCCCUCCUGCCUGAGCGCUCCGCUCUUUGCUCUUGAGGAUUGUGGAACAGCCUCAGGGCCGGGCAUCUCCCGGCCUGUGCUUCUGGAAGAGAGAGUCCCAUGCUUGUCCUGCCCCUGGCGAGACCCGGGCUAUGGGUGCACGUCUCCCCCUGGAGCGGCCUCACUCGGGAGAGCAGACGCUUGGGUCUCCUGUCCCUUCUCUCUGUCACUGCUGCCUUCCUGUUCUGGCACAUUCUGGGAAAUGGUCCCUGAGAGUCAAGUGGGCAAUGUGGUGGGGAGGGGGCGGGUUGGGGCUGACUUCUCAGACCCCGGGGGUUCCUGGGGCAUCUUGCACUCGGGAGGGCAGGGACAGUCUGAGUGACGGGGAAUGUGAAAACGCAGGGGCUGGCUUCCAGCACCGGCAGAGAGCCCAGCCGCUCGCCGCUCUCCGGAGGACAGAGCUUUGCGGAUCAGGGAUGCUGAGUCACGGCCGGCAGCGGGGGUGGAGGAGGCAGGACAGGAUGGCAGGUGAGGACGCCUCUGGGGGGGGCAGCCGGCCUGCUUGGUCGGCAUGGAGGAGGGGAAUGUGAGGGAUUGUUACGGGAUCCUGGGCCGCGGAAGCGUUGGCUGUGUGGCUCUGGCAGCCGCUCUACCAGAAUGUGCUGGAACAGAAGCAGAGGGGUGAUGCCACCUUGGACGGAGGAUGGAAAUGAGAAAUACAAGGGCCCCAAGCCAGACUGAGGCUCCAGCAGCGAGCACGAAGGGGGCCAGUCUGGCCCAGACGAUGCUGCCCAUCUCACUGGUCCUGGGGUCCAUCUUGGGGCAGGGGUCCCCUUCGCGGGGACCCAGGGGUGCUCAGAUAGUGGCUCCAGGGUGUGGGCAGACCCCAGGGGUACGUACGAAACAGCCCUGCCCCGUGGCCCGCUCCCCUUUGUGGACCCUCACGGUGGCUGACCCUGUCCAGGAUGAGAAAGGGACGUGGGCAGUAGGGCCCAGGGGUGGGGCACCGGCAAGGGCACAGCUCCCACCAGGUGCCAUGGAGGCAAUGCUCCCCCACUGCAGAGGCCUCCGGGGACUGGAGCUCACACCUCGGUGUCCGUCAGGGCCAAGGGGACCCGAGCGGUUACACCCCAGAGCACGCUGGUCAAUGCAGAACGCUAUUCCAAGGUGGGAAAUUUCCAGGCCAGGCCUGACUGCUCUCUGUGCAUGCAGUAGUUUAAAAUCUAGCUUUGUGGGCACCUGGGUGGCUCAGACGGUUAAGCGUCUGACUCUUGAUUUCGACUCAGGUCGUGAUCUCAAGCCCUGCGUCAGGCUCUGCGCUGACAGCACGGAGCCUGCUUGGGAUUCGCCCUCUCUCCCCCUCUCUCUGCCCCUCCUCUGCUCUGUGUGAACCCUGGCUUCACCUUCCCACCGGCGGCCUACAGAGUCCCGGGCCUCUGAAACUCCGUUUCCUCCCGUGUAAAGCGGACAUGGGCAGCGAGGGCUCUUGGCGGGUGAACGAGGGGACAAUGCUGUGAAGUGUUUGGUGUAGAGCUGGACGGCGGGUGUGGACAAACACCCACCACGGGUCUCCCUCAGUCCACACGCCUCACAAGUGGGGAGGGUGGGGAGCCGAGGCUGCGGGGCUCACGGGGCCCUCUCUGGUCCAAGGCCAAAGCAGAGCCUGAGACUGCCCCAUGCGGAGGGAGGGAGGGCAGCCCCAGCCUGCAGGAGGGCCAGCCUCUGAGCCAAGGCCACCUGGGGCCACCUCGGGCCUCCCUGGGCCACAGUGGACUCCUCUAGGCCACUCAGAGCCACCCUAGCCACACUGGGGCAUCCUGGGCCACCCUGGCUCACACUGGGCUACUCCAGACCACGCUGGGCCACCCUGGUCACACUGGGUUACUCUAGGACACAUUGGGCCACCCUGGCCACGCUGGAGCAUCCUGGGCCACCCUGGGCCACGCCAGGCCACCCUGGUUACACUAGGCUACUCCAGACCACGCUGGGCCACCCUGGCCACAUUGGGCUACUCUAGGACACGUUGGACCACCCUGGGGCACCCCUGGGCUGCUCCCCAAUGCCACGCUUGCUGAUUUUGGUGGGGUCCAGGCCCGGAGGCCUUGGGCUUCUGCAGUCGGGCUACAGGAGGGCUAUGUUGAAAAGGACAUUUUGUGCCAAACCCAGGCCUGAUUUUUGCCUAGGUCAUUUUUUGGGGUUUGGUGGGAGGAAACAGCACAGGCAGAAGUGGUCAACUGAAUUCCUUCCCCUGGAGCUGAGGGCCUUGCUGACAUCAGCCCCUGACUUGUCGGUAAUCAAUGAGAAACCUGAUACAAUCAGAGCGAAUCCCCAGGGUUUCCAGAUCACUCUGCACUUGGAAAGAACUUUCUGGAAAUGCAGCACACCCCCUGCCCCCACGCCCUUGCUCUGCGUCCCUGCAAGGUGGGGCUUGGGGGUGCUUCCUCACCGCUGUGUGGGGAGGAGGUGAGCAGGGAUGGCUCAGGGGGGAGCUGGGAGCCGGCAGUCCUCCAGGACCCGCCGCGGGGCUGGGGAGCACGGGACAGCCAGGGCUCCGUCCUCCCCUCCGCCUGGCUCCAGCCACGGCCCGGUCACCGCUGGCCUCACGGCGGCUGGCAAGGCGGCAGCUGGUGGGGGCCUUCCCAGGAGGCUGGGGACUCCCUGCCUGGCCCAAACACGCUCAGGGGCACCGAAGGAGCUCCCCCUUCCACAAGGGUCUGGCGAGGACCCCCCGAGCAGGGCUGCUGGUGCGUAGGGGCUGCGGCUCAAUUUAUUCUUCACUGGAUGUGGAGACAAGGAGCAGGAUCGGCUCCACUCGGGCCGCAGACCAGCCUGGCGGGGUAUUUGCACCGGGGGACGCGGCUGUCACAGCAGGCCUUUCUAAGAAAGCGGGAGCACGGCCCUGCGGCUGGGCUGGGCUGGGCUGGGCCGGGCCUGGGGCGCGGGCUGCGUGCUCCUGCGGGGGAUCCAGCCCCAGCCCCAGGGGUCUGCCCCUCCUCCCCUCAGCAGCCAUGGGCCCUGGGUGGGGGGGGGGGUUGGCAACAGAGCAGAGGGGCUGAGAAGUCCCCAUUUGUCCACUGUCUUCUUCCCAUGCUCCCCGAGGCCCCCGACUCCGAGCAGAGAUUCUUCCCCUUCGCUUCAAACAAGACACAACACAGUCGUCCAGUAGGCACGAGAGCAAGUUCCCAGCCGCUGUCCUACAGAAGUCCCCACCGCUCAGGCUGUCAUCACAGGCCGCGUGUCCCUCCCGGAUGCGUGUGUGGAAGCCCAGGCCCCCCGCACCUCAGAGCGGGACUGCAUUCGGAGAUGGGGUCUUUCCCGCAGUGAUGAGGCUAAAAUACGACCGUUGGGGUGGGCCUGGCCCCGUAUGACUGUGUCCUCUGAGAGGGGAGACCGCAGGAGGACACGGGGCAGACGGUGUCCACGCGCCCAGGGGAGAGGCCUCGGGAGGAGCUGGAUCCCAGUCUCCGGCCCCGGGGAACUGGGAAAGCGGGUGCCAUCAUAGCCGCCCGGUCGGCUGUGCUGUGUUUCGGCCGCCCAGACACGGAUGCAUCCGCGUGGCAUGGAUUACAGAGAAUUUCGCUCCUGGGAGGUGAUCCCCCCAGCACUCCAGUGGGGUGCGGCAGGCUGGCACGUCACCCCCACAACGAGGGGCUCCGGUCCCACUGCACGCCGGGGGGGAGGAAAUCGCCCUUUGACCUUCCUUCGAGGGGCGUCACUAUGGGGCCAGGCCGGGGAGGCUGGUGGCCUUGGUGAGGCAGAGUCCUCCCCACCUGUGCUCCCGGCUCAGCUCUGCCGCAGCUCCCCACCCACCGCGGGCCUGACGCACACCCCUCCCGACGUCCACGUGAUUACUUCGGGGAGCCCUGCUCUGUGCUGACAGUGCUGUGUUGCCCUGGCCUCGGCAGAUUGUCCACAACAAGGAAGCAUCUAGAAGCAACGGUCCCUCUGCGCCUUGUGAUUUGUCCUCAGAGUGUCCAAUGUGCCCGUCACUGCCUAGAGCCCCAUGCUUUGGCCUUCAAUGCAACACGUGCCAGUCUGGGACCAUCCCAGCCCCCUUCGUCUCCACGGGCACCUAGCAUGUUGCUGGAUGCCUGAUCUGCAGUGACUUGUGUCCAGGAAAGCUACAUUUAAAAGAGAACUCAAGGGGCGUCUGGGUGACUCAGUCGGUUAAGCGUCCGACUUCAGCUUGGGUCAUGAUCUCACGGUUCGUGGGUUC